UGAAAUAAGAAUUGUGACUGAAACAAUACUUCAAACAAAAUUCUUCUUAUUAUAAAGAUAGUACGAAUUAAAUAAAGUCCUGAAGCACAAAGUACCAAAUUAAGCCAAAAAUUGAACUUGUGGCGCACUUCUAAACUUUCAUUUCACAAACAUAACCGCUUCCAAACCAAUAUUAGCCACACAUAUCACUUUCCUCGAGCUUCUAUUGUAGAUUGCAUCAUGGAAUUAGGACAAAGAGAGUAUAUGUGUAGUUCAUCCUCCCACAAAUUUGUGGGUUCUGAAGAAGAAUCCGGAUGGACCAAAUACUUGAAGGACUUCUCAUCAUCAGAUAAUAAUGAUCAGCAAAGAGAGAAAAGUUCAUAUUCAAAUGGUAUAAGCCCUUCUAUGGUUUCUGAUGCUGCCUCUCCUUCUUAUCGUCAUCAUGCAACACUAUCGAACAUUUGGGCAUUCAACAAGGAAGAAGUCAAUCUUGCAUUUUCGACAGUUAGUGGCCAGCACUUUCCCAAGAAAUUGAAUGUCAAGCAACCAAGAAACAAGAAGUAUUUCCUUGAUCAUGAUUUGGAAGAUACAGCUUCCUCACCUGUAAAUAGCCCAAGGGUAAGUUUGAUCAAAUUGAUGACAAAAUACUUUUACUUCUUUAUUUCCAUAAAAGUAGUUCACUCCAUUGAAUUAUUUGUUUGUUUGUUGUUAGAUGGAAGGAAUAUGUACUUCUUUGAUUCAUCUUGUAGCAACUUAUAUAUAUUUAUGGCUAGAGAGAGGUUUUGGGCACUUAAGUUCUUUUUCUUUUCCCAUUUUCUUCAAGAUAUACAUAUUUUAUUGAAAAAUCAUGCAUGAAGAUGUAUGAUCUAAUAGGAUUUUCUUCGGUUUUGAUUCAAGGUAAGCGGUGUGAAGCAUACUAAUGACGUGGAUGAUGGAGUAAUGCAUGAUGGCAUAUUUCUGGGAAAGAAGUCCGGCCAUGCUCCUCAAUUCCAAGCAAAUGAAAAGGGCAGCAUAAUUAAUGUGGAACUUGCCUCACAAGUCGCAGUACCCAUUUCGACGUUUCCAAAUUACCUUGCCUAGCUAGCUGAGAUGGACACUUUCAAGAAAGACUAGUGUGCGGUUGAAAUAUACUCCCUCCGUUCUAUUUUAAUAGUCUGAUUUGUUGCGUUAUUUUAUUUCAAUAAAAUUAACUAUUAAAAAGAGACGGAGAGAUAAUAAGAUUCGAGGAGUGGAUUUUUAGUGUUAAACUUGUUCAUGGGUAGUACUCUCUACAAGCAAGUGUUUUCAUGUUUUUGGUAUAUAUGUAAAUAUUGAUUGAUUUUCCCCAUAUUGUGAGUGUUAAACAGGAAGAUAGUUAAGUGCAUAGCGAAAGAGAUGACCGAUGUGAAGCUCUAUAGCCAGUCUCAUCUGUCACCAGCUAAAUAUUUCGGGGCAGUUUGGCAAAUAACCCCGAAAAAAUAAAGCUACGAUAAGUAUUCCUUUUCUGUAAAUAGUUUUUUUUCUUUUUAUCUUUUAUUUUUUUGGG